AUGUGUAAUAAUGAUUUAAAAUCAGACGAUAAUAUUCGUCGUGGAUUUAUAAUUUCACCAAAUUUUACUAAUAUUCAAAAGAAUAUUAAUUUUAUAUAUGAUUUACAAAUAUUAAAAUCAAAUCAAGAUAUGUAUCUUUAUAUAAUUGAUAUAGAUUUAAAUAGUCCAAAUAUAAUUGGACAAAGUUGUACAAAAGAUUAA